AUGUACGAUGAAGAAUGGAUCGAUUUCACCAUUGAAAUUCUUCGUGUCGCCAAGGAAUACGGGUUCUACAUUUUCAUGGACCCGCACCAAGACGUAUGGUCUCGAUUAUCAGGAGGAUCCGGGGCACCUACAUGGACGCUCUAUGCCGCGGGACUGAAUCCCAAGAGUUUCAAAGAUACACAGGCCGCCAUCGUUCACAACAAAUGGGACAAUCCUGCAGAGUUCCCCAAGAUGCUUUGGUGCACGAACUACACGAGGUUAGCCUGCCAGACUAUGUUUACUUUGUUUUGGGCUGGUCGAGAUUUCGCACCGAAGGCGAUCAUCGAUGGUGUGAAUAUUCAAGAUUAUUUGCAAAGACAUUUUAUUGCGGCAUGCAAAUACCUUGCACAGAGAAUCCAAACCGCCGGUGAUCUCGAAGGAGAUGUGGUCAUCGGGUGGGAAAGUAUGAAUGAGCCCAAUAAAGGACUAAUCGGCAUUCAAGAUAUUUCCUCGAUUCCAUCGGAGCAGCAUCUCCAGCUCGGGACAUCUCCAACGGCGUUUCAGGCUAUGGUAAUUGGCUCUGGGCUAUCCUGUGAGGUUAUAGAUCCAAAGGGUGAACAGGCAUGGCUUUCGACUGAGUACGACGACUGUCAAUAUGGUUGGCACCGCGACCAGGGCUGGAGGCUCGGUGAAUGCCUUUGGGCGCAACAUGGUGUUUGGGAUCUAUCUCAAAGCAAAGCCACCCUGCUACAAAAGGACUACUUUUCAAGCAACCCAAUAACUGGCGAGACGCUUGACUAUGAAGCCUUUACAAACUCUUACUUUCUGAACCACUACCGAGCGUAUAAGGACGCUAUUCGCAGCGUGUGUGGAAGUACUAUCAUGUUUUGCCAGCCACCUGUCAUGGAGCUACCACCAAGCCUCAAGGGUACCGCUGACGAUGAUCCGAACAUGGUUCACGCGGCUCACUUUUAUGAUGGCUUGACUCUUUUAACGAAGCACUGGUUGGUAGCAAAGCCUCAUCUGUUUGCUAUCCAUGAUAUUGAUCCUAAUAGGAAUCGGCUCUACAACUUGGAUAUCAUUGGGUUGCUUCGGGGCAAGUACCUUGGACCACCUUUCGCAAUCAAAAUCGGUGAGACAUUAAUUCGAAAAAGCCUGCGUCGUCAGCUCAAGUUUCUGCGCGAAGAGAGUCUAGAACACAUGGGUGAUCAUCCCCUGAUCUUUACCGAGAUCGGCAUUCCGUAUGACAUGGAUGAUAAACGUGCAUACAAGGCUGGAGACUACAGUAGUCAGAUCGGAGCAAUGGAUGCCAACCAUUUUGCGUUAGAAGGCAGCACGGCCAACGGAUUUGCUCUAUGGGCUUAUGUGGCAGAGAAUGACCAUCAAUGGGGCGAUCAGUGGAAUGGGGAGGAUCUUUCCAUAUACUCACAGGAUGAUUUGGAAUUACCAGUCAGAGCCUCUUCCGGUUCAACAGAGUCAGGUUCCACAGUGUGCUCUAAAGAUCAUCUUAUCAAUAUUGAAGAGGAGAAAUUUGGCUCGCUCAAGGCUUUGAUACGCCUGUGCAUCUCGCUCGAUUUCUCCCAGGCUACCAUGCAGCCGCGACGGGGCUACAGGGCAGUGGAGGCAUGGCUUCGCCCCGCUCCCGUCUACAUGAAUAGGCGAUUAGAAAGUUAUACUUUCGAUUUGAAGGAGUGUACGUUCACCGUGAGAUUGAUUGCAAAUCAGGCUAUGCCUCAUGCCCCGAGUGAAAUAUACCUCCCCGAGUUUCAUUUUCCAAUGGGAUAG